AUGGCCGUCUCAGGGGAUCUCGAGGCUCCCGCCGUCAUUAACGACCCAACCACUGACGAUGCCACUGUCGAAAAGAAGGAAUACGCCGAUGGGACACCGGCAAAUGACCCUUUUGGAAAUGAAGAAUGUGGAGAGGUCAAAUAUCGUAUCAUGUCGUGGUGGCAAUGUGGAACAUUGAUGGUUGCCGAGAAUAUCUCGCUCGGGAUUCUGUCUCUGCCAUCAGCCGUGGCGACGCUGGGGAUUGUCCCAGCUGUGAUUCUGCUUCUUGGAUUGUCCGGAAUCUCAUGGUACACCGGCUAUAUCAUGGGCCAGUUCAAACUCAGGUUCCCAAUGGUUCAUAGCAUGGGUGAUGCUGGAGAGCUGCUGAUGGGUCGCUUUGGACGCGAGUUAUUCGGCAUCGGCCAGCUCCUGUUUUUGAUCUUCCUGAUGGCCAGUCACAUUCUCACCUUCACCGUGCUCUUCAACACCAUCACCGACCACGGAACCUGUACCAUUGUCUUUGGAGUGGUUGGAUUGGUGGUGAGCUUCAUCGGAGCCCUGCCGCGGACGAUGGGUAAAGUGUAUUGGAUGUCCAUGGCGUCCUGCAUCAGUAUUGUGACAGCCACCAUGGUGACCAUGAUAGCCAUCGGAGUGCAAGCCCCAGAUGAUGUCCACGUGGAUGUGACCACAGAUGUCUCUUUCCAGGAUGCCUUCCUGGCCGUGACCAACAUCAUCUUCGCUUACAUCGCUCAUGUCGCCUUCUUCGGAUUCAUCUCUGAGAUGCAUGAUCCUCGGGACUUCCCCAAAUCCCUGACUAUGCUCCAGGUCGUCGACACCAGCUUGUACAUCGUGACUGCUAUGGUCAUCUACCGCUAUGCUGGCCCCGAUGUGGCGUCUCCCGCUCUCUCGUCCGCUGGACCUCUGAUGAAGAAGGUUGCAUACGGCCUGGCUAUUCCCACGGUGGUUAUUGCCGGUGUAGUGUUUGGCCAUGUGGCGUGCAAGUAUAUCUACGUGCGCAUCUUCCGAGGUUCCGCCCAUAUGCACCAGAACAGUUUCCUGGCCAUCGGGACAUGGGUGGCCAUCGCGUUGAGCGUAUGGGUUGUCGCAUGGGUGAUCGCCGAGUCAAUUCCCGUGUUCAACGAGCUGCUGAGUUUGAUCAGCUCCUUGUUUGGAAGUUGGUUCAGUUACGGAUUGCCCGCCAUCUUUUGGCUCGUUAUGAAUAAGGGCCGCUGGUUGUCAUCACCCUCCAAGAUUUUGUUGACCAUCGUCAACAUUCUCAUUCUGGGAUUCGCUUGUGCCAUCUGUGGCAUGGGUCUCUACGUCUCGGGUAAAUCGAUCCAUGACAGUUCAUCCAAGGCAAGCUGGACUUGCAAAAACAACGCCAUCUAG